AUGUCUAUCUGGUUGGAAUACCUCAACGCCUUGUCUUUGCAUUUGUCUGAUUCAUUCCUCAACGUAAGUAAAUCACCCGCAGACGUCCAGACAUCCGAAGAAAUUCCUCAAAUUAAAAAUCUCAGUGUGACAAAAAAACUGAAAUACGUAGCGCUGACGUUGGACACUACGCUUAUGAUAAAAAAGAGACAAGAAGAGGAUACUAGUAGCACUAGUGGGAGUACUAGUGGGAGUACUAGUGGGAGCAGCAGCAGCACUAGCAGUAGCAGCAGUUCAACCACAUCAUCAUCGUCUUCGUCGAGCAGCUCUUCGAGUGCUUCGCCAACAAGCAACACUCCUAGCAGCUCUAGCAGUGAUUCCAAUAGCCCAACCCGCACAUCCAAUGAUAGCAGCAGCAGCAGCAGCAGUAUUGAUAGUAGUAGCAGCCAGAGCAACACCACCACCAAUUCAGAUAGUACUGCAUCAUCCACUCCAAAUCCCACCACCUCAAUUGUUACAGUAACGCUCUCAAACGGUUCAUCAACAACAUCCGCAACCACCAUCGGUGGUACCACUGGCUCUGCUUCCGACAGCGGCCAGGAUAUUGGUGCGAUUGUUGGCGGUAGCGUCGGUGGUGGUAUAGGUGCCAUCCUUAUCCUCGUAGCUGCCAUCUUCUUCUUUCGUCGCCGUGUCGCCAAGAAGAAGCACGACGAGUAUGACGGUGAUAUCUUUGAUCCUCAGCGCUUCAGGCCGGAUAAUGAGGACGAAUUUGGUAUUGAUGGUGCUCCAACGCCCUACACGCAGCAGCCAGCGAGUGUGACUGCGGGGAGUGGUAGUGGGAGUGGGAAUGUACCGGGGAAUGUACCGGGAAUGACAGGCAUUGGUGCAGCCGCGGGAGGUGCGGCAUCGAUACCAAACUCAUCAACCCAUCAACCCUCCAACCCCUCCUCAAAUGCUGCUGCUGCUGCUGGUAUCAAAACUCGCCCACUUCCCACCUCUAAACCAAGCCAGGUCAACGUACACACAGACGCUGGUCGAUACAACGUCAACAACGGCGAUGACAAUCCAGCUAAUCUCCACUCAGAUAUACCCCCGACUUACGACUCUAUUCACGUAUAUCCAGAUAACGCUUGA